AUGUCGUCGCAAAAGAACCCCGACUGCUCCCCACCGGAGCGGCCUUUAGUCUCUCCAGCGGCGCCAUCCGCAGAGUCAGUACCCAUUAUUGAGCCUAUUUCCGGAGAGAGUGAUGAUGAUAAUAAUUACUGGAGUGAUGCGGAAAGUGAUUUGACGUCGUUGACCUCGUCCGUUACGAAUUACAUCUAUGAGAAUGGGCGGCGAUAUCAUUCAUUUCGAGAGGGAAAAUAUGUUCUACCGAACGACGAUGAUGAAAAAGACCGCCUUGACUUAAAAAGAAGCAGAGCCCAAGUCAUGUACGUUCACAAGGUCCUCAACAGCAUGUAUCCAUCAGCCAAAGUCAUCGGCAACGAUCUCAGUCCAAUCCAACCCGAAUAUGUUGCACCAAACGCAGAGUUUGUGAUUGAAG